ACCUUGACAGCAGACUGGAAAGCGACCAGAUGGAUUUCUGCAGUGGCUUCUUCACAGCUUCCACACAUUUUAAAUUGUAACGCACACAUUAUUAGCUGACUUUCCUGCUGACAAACAGCCCUGGCGUGACUUCAAAAGGCUAUCCGGGAGGCUCGGCUGUGCUGUGAACCGGGACAGAAGCGGUCAAGACAUUUAAAGAUCCCCUACCAAACAUCUUCCUACUGAAGGUCCUAAGGCAAGUGUGUGUCCAUCAUGCCGCUGUUUGGUAAAUCCCACAAGAGUCCAGCAGACAUCGUCAGGACCCUGAAGGAAAACCUGGCCAUCCUGGUCAAACAGGAUAAGAAGACAGACAAGGCGUCUGAGGAGGUGUCGAAGUGUUUGGUGUCCAUGAAGGAGAUUCUGUACGGUAGCAACGAUAAGGAGCCUCACACUGAGACUGUGGCCCAACUGGCCCAGGAGCUGUACAACAGUGGCCUGCUGAUGUCACUAGUAGAAAACCUGCAGGUCAUAGACUUUGAGGGGAAGAAGGAUGUGUGUCAGAUCUUUAACAACAUCCUGAGGAGGCAGAUUGGGACGAGAAGCCCCACCGUCGAAUACUUCUGCUCCCACCAAGAGGUCCUUUUUAUACUGCUGAAAGGGUACGAGACUCCACAGGUAGCGUUGAAUUGUGGGAUCAUGCUGAGGGAGUGUAUCCGCCACGAGCCACUCGCCAAGAUAGUUCUUCAUUCGGAUCAUUUCAACAAUUUCUUCAACUACGUGGAGAUGUCCACCUUCGACAUCGCCUCCGACGCAUUCGCCACCUUCAAGGAUCUCCUGACAAGACACAAAGUGCUUGUGGCUGAAUACCUCGAACAGAACUACGAUGCUGUGUUUGCAGACUACGAGAAGCUGCUGCACUCUGAGAACUACGUCACCAAGAGGCAGUCUCUAAAGCUUCUGGGCGAGCUGUUAUUGGACAGACAUAACUUCACGGUGAUGACGCGUUACAUCAGCAAGCCUGAGAAUCUCAAGCUGAUGAUGAAUCUGCUACGAGACAAGAGUCCCAACAUCCAGUUUGAGGCCUUCCAUGUCUUCAAGGUUUUUGUAGCGAACCCCAACAAGACGCAGCCCAUCAUCGACAUCCUGCUCAAGAACCAGACCAAACUAAUCGACUUCUUGAGCAACUUCCAGAAGGAGCGCACAGAUGACGAGCAGUUCAACGACGAGAAGACCUACCUAAUCAAACAGAUCAGGGAUCUGAAGAAACCGGCCUCCUAGAGAAGCAUCCCUCCCUGCCCACUAACCCAAGUUUUUAUUGAUAGGAAGACAUACAGUAGAAAAAAAACACAUUAAAGAUAAUGGUUAGUCUAUUUAAAAAAAAAAAAAAAAAAUCUUCAAGACGUUAUUAGUCUUUUUUCUCUUUUCUCUUUGUUGGUUCAUUUAAAACUUGUGCAAGAGUAGUUCUCAAUCGCCGAUCUUUCUUUUGUACAUUUUUCUCACGAAUUCUGUAUUUUUUUUUUUCUUCAUUUGUAUCGUGUAGUGCCACAGCUCAUGGUGUUGGAGGCAGCUGAUUUGCUCUAUUGGGAGAGCUAGCGGUUAAAAAAGCUUCGGACAAAACAGGCGUGCCAAUUUUUGUACAGUCACCAGUUGCAGGUGCUCUGUUAGUCGCUGCACUCGAGUUAAUUUGUAACUGUUUAAAUGAAGUAGCUGCAAAUCCCAAAAAUAAUGAAGAAUUCCUGCUUUUUUUUUUGUUUUCAAUGUGUCUGGGUGGGAUCAGGCAAAAAAAUAUAUAUACUUUAGAGUGAGAACAUCUUAAGUGUGAAACACAUUCUCAGUCUUUGCUUAAUGGCAACAAUAAUCCUCGGUUGCCCUCUGAUAGCCAAACGCCUCUUUCUUAUAGUACUGGCAAAGCCAACAUUCCCUCAACUUUUCUUUCUCUAAAACUAAAAAAAGCAUCAUCAUAAUCAAAUACAAUCCCAAAAUGCCAAUGCAGCUUUAAGUCUUGUCUUCCUUACUAUUCCUUGCAAACCUCAACAACUGAUUUGCGUAUUUCUGACAGCGUCGUGACAGAUUUUAGCCAAUUCAACGGGGGAAAAGGCUGAAUCAGUUCAGUUGAGAACACACUACACGAUAUAUAGAGGCUGAUCUGUCUAUGAUAGCUUUCCAAUAUCACAAAGCUUUGGCGCUUGUCCGAAAAAUGUUCGGCAGGUCGCUGCAGAUGUUAUGUUGUGAGUGCGCUGUGAGUUUCAGGUUUUAAAUCGGCUCUGACUGGUCAUGAUUUGUUUUUCACCACCGUGAUCCUGCAGUUUAAGAGAGGGGUUUAUCUGAACCAGACUAACCUGCAAAAGUUAACCUUUAUCAUCAGUCAAUCAAGAUUUAAAAAAACCCUGUGCCAUUCAGUUUAACCGAAUAAGCUUGAGUAAGGCUGAGAAUGGGUGUUUGGAGAGAAUGGAUUUUUGUGACGGUUGACCAAAAAUUGCCAAGAAAAAAUAGUAAUUCUAAGACUAUUUUAAAAUUUGUCUUUGAAAUGAAGGGCCUUUUUAAUUGAGUUAUUGGGCUGCUGUCGGAACAGUAAGCUCCAAUCAUUUUGAUCACUGGUUCUCUCUGCUGGUGGCUGACGGCACUUUCUGUAUGAUUAAAAAAAAUAUGAUGAUUCAAA